GGAAACUUCAUCCUCGAGCCUCAGUGCCUGCCGUGGUGAGGGAGCUUGGUUUUUGCCGAUCGAUCGAUUGAUCGCAAGGAGGCACGCUGCAUGCUCGCCUACUGCGAGCUGCACCUCGGCCCCCGCCUGCGCGUCCGUUGCGCGUCGGCGAACGAGCGUGGCCGUUGUGCCUGCUGCGCCUGCUCCUCGCUUUGCCACGCGUGCUGGCCUUUGAAGGAACAUCACAAAUAUGGGCACCACGCACCACGUACAGAAUCUACGAUUCUGAGUCCAACGCAGCAAUCCAGCAAGGCAUGGAAGGCAUCCCAGAUAUUCACGGAGCAGCGCACGCACUCCCAACGAGGUGUCCACAAGCCCACAGGCACUUAUUCCCGACUUUGGCAAGCCUCACUAGGGAGCCAGUAAGCCAAAGCGCUCUGUAAGGCCAAAGCCGUGGCUAAACUUCCGGUCCCACGUUUCAAAUCGCCUCGCAUCGGGCCCUGGGUCGCGCGAAGACCGACCAAGUUGAUCCUUGGGCUGCGUCAAUGCGCAAGCCCCCAUUCUGCCGCUUCACCCCGCAAAUGUGAUCUCCGCCAGCUUCUGCCGAGAUUUGCACCCUAGCCAUGGCUCUUUGUGCGACUCACGGGUGGUGUGUGCGCACUGCAAGAGGCCCUAUCCUUCUCGCCGUCGAGCCGCGACUAGCGCUGGAGUCGGGCAAGCGGAGCCACCUUCUCUUCUCGCUCCCCACCGAAGGUCGUCUCUAGCCUGGGG